UUGUUGGUACAUUCAGAGUCGGAUCACAAGAAGAAUGGGCGUAUUGUGAUCCAGAUCAAGCGAGGAAAGUAGUCAGUAGGUGGAUGGCAAACGAAAUAUGUAUGUAUACACACAAGCAAAACACACCCACAUUCUGAACUACCCAACAACUAAUAAACAAGUGGGAGAGAGAACUGUAGAGGGAGGGUGGAGCCAGGCAGGGGGGAAAGGCAUCUUAGUUUCUUUCCCCUGCCAUUGCUUCAAGCAAACUCAAAGUCGAGUGCCUUGCACGUUGCUCAACCUGAUUAAUCGACCUCAUCAUGAGACGUUCGAUUAUGCGCUAGAAAAGCAGAGAACCACCCUCGUCCGCCCGAAUACACCAGCGGCCAACCUUCACCGUUAUGGCCAUGAGGUCCCUUUUACCUGCUCUCUCCCUCCUCCUCCUCCUCUCCUUCCAUCUUUCCUCCUUCGCCCUUCCACUCUCCACCAACUCCCGAUGGAUCGUCGACGACGAAACCGGCAAGCGCGUCAAGCUCACCUGCGUCAACUGGGUGUCUCACGUGGACACGGUGGUCGCCGAGGGCCUCAACAAGCAACCGCUGGACUCCAUAUCCAGCCUCAUAUCCACCAUGGGCUUCAAUUGUGUUCGCCUCACAUGGCCCCUCUUCCUCUUCACCAACGAAUCCUACUCCAACUUAACCGUCAGAUCCUCCUUCCAGACCUUCAAUCUCAUCGAGUCCAUUGCUGCGCUGCAGGUCCACAACCCUCAUCUCAUCGACCUGCCAUUGAUUGAUGCAUUUAAGGCGGUGGCAUCAAGCCUUGCCUCGAAUUCCAUCUUGGUGAUAUUGGACAAUCACAUCAGCAAACCCGGAUGGUGCUGCAGCCAAUCUGAUGGGAACGGCUUCUUUAAUGAUCAGUACUUUGACCCCAACAUCUGGAUUAGGGGCUUGGUGCGCGUGGCCACCAUGUUCCGUGACACGCCCCAAGUGGUGGGGAUGAGCCUGAGGAACGAGCUGCGCGGCCCCAAGCAGAACCAGCAGCAGUGGUUCCAAUACAUGCAGAAGGGCGCGGAGGCCGUGCACGCUGCUAACCCUCAACUUCUGGUCGUACUCUCAGGCCUCAGCUUCGACACGGACCUCAGCUUUGUAAGAAAAAGUGGAGGAGGCGCCUCUGUGAAGCUGAGCUUUCCCAACAAGUUGGUCUUUGAGUUGCAUUGGUACGCGUUCUCCGAUGGUCAGGCGUGGGUGAACGGAAACCCGAACCAGGUGUGUGGUUCGGUGGUGAGCAGCUUCAUGAGGAGGGGCGGGUUCCUGCUGACAGGGUCCAUUAGUAGCAGUACUGGUAGCGACAGUGAGGUAGGGGAAGGAGGGGAGGAGUACUACCCAUUGUUUAUAAGUGAGUUCGGUGUGGACCAGAGAGGGGUGAACGUGAAUGACAACAGGUACCUGAACUGCAUACUAGGGGUGAUGGCGGAGAUGGACAUGGACUGGGCUCUCUGGACGCUGCAGGGCAGCUACUACGUGAGACAAGGCAAGAUUGGCCUGGAUGAGACGUACGGACUGCUCGAUUGGAACUGGUGUGCUCCAAGGAACAGUAGUCUGCUUGCGAGGAUUUCUUCCCUUCAGUCCCCAUUUCAAGGUCCGGGUCUAUCGGAGGUGAUACCGUACCAGUUGGUCUUCCACCCGCUAACGGGGCAGUGCAUUACAAGACAGUCAGUGCUCUGGGAGCCGCUGAAGCUCGGACCCUGUACCGACUCAGCCGCAGCCUGGACCUACACAACCGACCACACGCUGCAGCUGCAGGGGAGCGAGCUCUGCGUUAAGGCGAUUGGGCAGGGCGAGGCGGUCAAGCUGGGCAUCUUCUGCUCGGAGGCCAACUCCAGAUGGGACCCCGUCUCUGCCUCCAAGCUGCAUCUUGCGUCCAACUCCUCCGACGGCACCUCCAUGUACUGCCUGGACGCGGACGCCGAGAGCCAAAACAUCAUCACCAACCCCUGCAAAUGUCUAGACAAAAGAGACCAGAAAUGUGACCCUGCGAGCCAAUGGUUCAAGAUCAUUACCACCACCAGGGACCCUGCAGCAGCAACCGCUCAACCCGCCACCGCCAACGUCACCGCCACCGCAGCCGGAGCCCCUCCAGAUCCUGACCUGAUUGUGACCACCACCGAAUCACUGACAGACAGCCGACCGCCGUCGAGCUUGCUCUGAAAAUCCCUACGUAGCCACGUCCGCAAACAGGCCCAGGCAGUGGCCAAAACGGACGCCGGUGCCGUCGUACCGGGGACAACCACACCAGGAACACUAGACAUAUGAUGUAUGCCCGGGCCCGAAUAUUGUUGCCCUUAUUACUACGACACCAAUUGUUGUUUGAACGCGUACCCUCUUUAGGGCCCCGGAGCUGGAAGCACAUUGUAAAUCAGCUCAUUAUAUAAUAAUAGUGAUGGAUAACAAGCAUUAAUGAUGCUAAUAGUAGCAAGAGAUUUCUUUUAUAACAA